ACUACUAUGGUACCAUGGACCACGACAAAGGAAUUCGCAACUGCGACCAUGGCCAAUAAAGCCCACAUGAAGCGCUUCAGCCUAAACAGCGAUGAAUGCCACGAUCACAACCACCGACACCAUCGACGCCACCGACACUGCAGACCUACCACGCGACCUGCAAAAAUGACAAGUCUCAGUUCAACAACAACAUCCGUCAAUGCAAUGCUGAGUUCUGGAGUACAGCUUACCUCAACUACUGCACAAUGGAGCACAUUACUCACUGCUACAAGUUAUGUGACCACACCAUCAUCUAGUAGUCCUGCUACUACUGCAAAAACAACCACUACAACACCAGUUCCAGCAGCGGCAAAAUCCAUCACUACACCUCUUGCUCCUACAGCUGCAGACUUCACCACUUCACCUCCUGCUCAUAUAGUGGCACAGUCCACAAUUACACCACCAGCUCCUACAGAGGAAAAAUCCACAACUACACAUCCUGUUCUUACAGUGACACAGUCCAAAACUACACUUCCAGUUUCUACAACCACAGAUUCCAUCACUGAACCUCAUGCAACAACUGCACAAUCCCCUGCUACAACUCCUGCUCCUGCAGCCGCAGACUCCAUAACUGAACUUCCUGCAACAGCUGGACAAUCCACAGCUACACCUCCUGCUCCUACAGUAACACAAUCCAAAACUACUCCAAGAGCAACACAAUCGACUGCUGCACCACCACCUUUUAUACCUGCACAAUCCAACACUACACCAACUUCUACAGUAGCUCAGUCAACAAAUAUACACCCUGAUCCUAGAGUAACACAACCCACAGCUACACCUUCUGCUACUACAACUGCACACUCUAUCACUACACCACAAUCUCCAACAAUGGAACAAUUCACAACUAUGCCAGCAGCUCCUACAAUGGCACAAUCCAUGACUUCGCCUGCAAACCUGACAGUGGCACAAUCCAACGCCACUCCAACUCCCACAGUAACAAAAUCCACCACCACACCACCACCUCCUGUAGCCAUAUCUCCUACAACAACUGUACAAUCAACAUCCACACCAAAAGUUCCAAUAGCAACACAAUCCACAACGACACCAUCUGUUCCUACAGCCACACAAUCCAUCAAUACAGUACCAGCUCCUACAGUGACAAUAUCCACCACUACACCUCCUUUGCCUAAAGAACAACAAUCCACAACUACACUACCAGCUCCUACAGCCACAGACUCUAUUACUGAACCUCCUGUAACAACUGCACCAUCCACAACUACACCUCUUGCUCCUACAGUGUCACACUCCACUGCUACACCCCUUGCUCCCACAGCCACAGACUUCACCACUACACCACCAGCUUCUACAGUGGCACAAUCCACCGCUACACAACCAGUUACUACAGUGGUACAAUCCACCAGUACACCUGCUGCGCCUAUGAUGACACAGUCCUCAACUACAUCUCCUGCUCUUAAAUUGGCACAAUCCACCACUAAACCUUCUGAUCCUAUAAUGGCACAGUCCUCAACUACAUCUUUUGCAACAACUGCACAAUUCACCACUAAACCACCAGUUCCUACAGUUGAACAAUCCACAAAAACAGCGAUUUAUCCUACAGUGGCACAACCCACCACUAACCUUUCUGCUCCUACAGUAGCACAGUCCACAACUACACCUCUUUCUCUUACAGUCACACACUCCAGCACUACAUCUCUUGCAAGAACCGCAUAUUCAACCAGCACACCUGCUGCUCCUAUAGUGGCACAGUCCACGUUACCUUCUUAUUCUACAUUGGCAACAAUCCACCUCUACUCUUCCUGCAACAUUUGCACAACUCACCACUACACCACCAGCUCCUACAGGAAUAAGUCCACAACUACACCUCUUUUGUCUGCAGUGGGACAGCCACCUCUACACCUCCUUCAACAAUUACACAAUCCACAGCAACACUUCUUGCUCCUACAGCAACACAAUGCACCGCUACACCCUCCUUCUCCUAUCGCCAGCACAAUCCAUCACUCCACCUGCUCCUACAGCCACAGACUCCAUCUGUACGCCUCCUAUGACAAUUGCGCCAUACAGUACUACAACUGCCACCACUUUGACCAUCACAGACAUAAGCAGAACCAUUUCCCUCUACACCAACACAAUCAUGCCGACCAGUACCGCGACAUCAACGACUACUGCAACGACUACAUCUCCCACGACAACAGAUAG